UAUUUUAAAAUGAAAGCGGGUGGGUGUGACGUUUUCACAUGCCUAGGUGCAUGCAUUAUUAUCCGUUUAUUUUUACUCCAAGUUUCAUUUAAACUCAAAUUCUUCGAGGUUAUUGUUCAUGAUUGUAAAAAUGGCGCCUGUCUUCCCUUGGCUUUAGAUGCAAAUAUAUUUUCUCUAACUUUCCAUUUUGCUAUGAUUUGGGUGUUCUUCCUAUAUGAUUUCCCUUCAAUAGUGUUCAUUGCCAUUACGUAUCCUUCAAUUUUCCAUUUCUAUUUUAACAUUAAGCAGUUGUUUCGUCUUUUUUUAAACGUGAGAGGCGACGAAGUGCUCCCGAUUUCUUUACCUCGCUAAGAAAAUAAGGGAAGAAUGUUUAAAAUUAUAAUGGAUCAACAUUGUUUUUUAUUAUUAUUUUAAUUUUAAUGGGAUGAAGGAAUGAUAUUAAUAUGUAUAACGCUGCAAUUAAUCCUUUGCUUCAUGUCCCUGCUCAAUUUCCUAAUCGUCUUUUUCCUACAUUGUAUGUUGGUGAAUCAACGCGUGCCGGUGGUCUCUAUGCACUUCCUGCAUAUGUAGAUGAACGAACAAAUAGGAUUUCACCAAAAUAUUUAGGGCCUCCACUUUUGGAAGGGCCAAAAUUUGAGGACAAUGUUCACCAUGAUGAACCAACAACUCCAAAUUUAAAAACGCGUAAAGUAUUACCUUCUGACACUGUUGGUACGACUUAUACAACUGAAGAUGGCGAAUUUUUGAUAUUGGGUUACCAUGAAGUUCCAAAAAUUGCUAUCUCUGGCGUUGGACAUAUCUUUUCUUUAACUAAUAACCCUUUCGGACACGAUCUUUCACUUGUUAGUCGUCAACAAGUCAAAAGUAACAACAUUGACUCAAAUGUUCGCGUUUUGCAAGUUGAUGACCAUAAUCAACAACAAAAUGCAUAUUUGAGUGUUGACACAUCUGGCCCAUUUAUUGUUGAAAUGCUUCAUUUUGCAUUAAGACAUCCAUACCAAAUGAGCGUUAUUUUCUCUAUAAUGAUUGCACUUGUAAUUGUUUCCUCUUGGCUGCUUGGGAAACAGAGUGCUUUGACCAGGAAUCGUUCAUGGAGUUAUAGUUCUAACAGAACAUUACAAGGUUCAGAAAUAGCCAAUCCUGAACGAGGAAGUCGCUCAAGUCAAGGAAGUAGUGUAUUUACAGCUUAUGAACCUCCAGAGGAAGAUGGCCCUUUGGGCUGGCAUCGAGUCAAUAAUUCAGCUCUUAGCUAUAAUUCUGCAGAGAUUUUAGGACGAGGCUGUGAUGGGACAGUUGUUUACAUGGGUAAAUUUGACGAUAGAACGGUUGCUGUCAAACGAAUUGUGUCUUCCAAUUUGGAUCGAAAUUUUAGACAACAGAUUGAACGUGAAGUUAUGCAUCUUAGACAGAGUGAUUCUCAUCCAAAUGUUAUUAGAUAUUUCUGUUCGGAAGCUGAUCGUUAUUUUCAUUAUAUUGCGUUAGAAUUAUGUGAUUUGAGUCUCUCGGACUAUAUCCAACGGUAUGUAGGUAGUCUGGACAAAGUGACAAAGUUAGACUUGAUGAAGCAAGCAACCGAUGGCAUUGCUCAUUUACACCACAUUAAUAUAAUUCAUCGAGAUGUUAAACCAAAAAAUAUAUUAAUGACUGGGUUACUAACAACUCCCAAUAACGGACAUUUUUCUCGUGUACGUGUGAAAAUUUCUGAUUUUGGAUUAUGCAAAAGUGUAAAAAUUGGACACAACUCAAUUUCUAAAGUAUCUGGUGCGGUAGGGACUGAAGGGUGGAUGGCACCUGAAUUGUUUGAUGCUGAUGCCUCUGUGACAUAUGCUGUUGAUGUUUUCUCUCUUGGUUGUGUAUUUUAUUAUACUCUUACGGAGGGAAAACACCCCUUUGGAGAUUCACUAUCCAGAAUGUCUAAUAUUUUGUCUGGAAAUCACUUUCUGAAUCAUUUGGAUGAACACGCUGAAUAUACUAGUCUAACUUUGAUAAGUUCAAUGUUACGACCAGAAGCAGGACGUCGACCUACUGCUUCUGCUAUAGCUGCACAUCCUCUUUUUUGGGAACCCUCAAAACAAUUACAAUUUCUUAUGGAAGUUAGUGAUUGGAUUGAAAAGAAAGAACCUAGAGAUCCUGUAAUGCGUCGGUUGGAGUGGAGGCGUAAUCUUGUUUUUACAAAUUGGUUAGAUCAAUUGGAUGAACCUCUUCGUUUGGAUUUGCUUAAACAACGUCAGUAUAUGAAUAAUGUUCGGGAUUUACUCCGCGCUAUUAGAAAUAAAAAACAUCAUUAUCAGGCAAGUAUAUAUAAAUUAAAUAAAUUUUUAUAUUUUUAUUUAAGGAACUUCCUCUUGAACUUCGUUCAUUGUUAG